GGCGGCGCAGGGCCGCCCCGCACCUGGUCGGCGGCGGGCGCCCGCGGGGCCAAUGGGAGUGGCGGUCCGUCGCCCCGCCCCGCCCCGCCGGACGUCUGUGCCGGGACAUGGCCGCCGCCGGUGCCGGGUCCUUGCGCUGAGAGCCUGCUGUCAGCAGCCAACCUCUGCCGUCGGCCGUCCGCGCGGGCCGGGCCCAGGCGCUGCCCGGACGGCGAGGAGCCGCGGCCACCGCGGAGGAAGAGGAGGCUGCCGCAGGAGGCCGUCUCGGCCGGCGCAUGGCGUCCAUCUUGCUGAGGAGCUACCGCGGCCGGGGGCCUGCACGCCUCUCGCCGCCCCGCGCCGCAGCCCCGCGGGUCUGGGGCAUCAGCGUCGUGCUUGUCUCAGUUGUGCCAGCACCACGGGGUUGAUAAGCCGCCUGAAUGUUUCAUCUGGCUGCUAUGUUCCGGCCCACCCCGUGUACCUCUGCUUCAGAGAUGAGCCCCUCGGUGGUUGGACUUUGAGGCCCAAGCACCUGCGCACAGUAGCAAGAAUGCCAUGGACCCCCACCUCAGCAGGCUUGGUUGUCAUGGGACCUCAGUACCUUUCUAUGCGAGGCUGGCACUCAUCUCCCCCGCUUAGUGAUGAUUCUGUGGUGGAGAAGUCCCUCAAAUCCUUAAAGGACAAGAACAAAAAACUGGAGGAGGGUGGCCCUGUGUACAGCCCGCCAGCUGAGGUGGUGGUGAAGAAGUCCCUUGGGCAGAAGGUGUUGGAUGAACUGAAGCAUUACUAUCACGGUUUCCGCCUGCUCUGGAUCGAUACCAAGAUCGCCGCACGCAUGCUCUGGCGUAUCCUCAACGGCCACACCCUGACCCGCCGGGAGCGCAGGCAGUUUCUCCGGAUCUGUGCUGACCUCUUCAGAUUGGUCCCCUUCCUGGUCUUCGUGGUGGUGCCCUUCAUGGAGUUUCUGCUGCCUGUAGCCGUGAAGCUCUUUCCCAACAUGCUGCCAUCCACCUUUGAGACCCAGUCCAUCAAGGAGGAGAGGCUGAAGAAGGAGCUGCGGGUCAAGCUGGAGCUGGCCAAGUUCCUGCAGGACACUAUUGAGGAGAUGGCCCUGAAGAACAAGGCAGCCAAGGGAAACGCCACUAAAGACUUCUCUGCAUUUUUCCAGAAGAUCCGGGAGACGGGAGAAAGACCUAGUAACGAGGAAAUCAUGCGCUUUUCCAAAUUGUUUGAGGAUGAGCUGACUCUGGAUAACCUCACUCGGCCGCAACUGGUGGCACUGUGCAGGCUGCUAGAGCUCCAGUCCAUCGGCACCAACAACUUCCUGCGCUUCCAGCUCACCAUGAGGCUGAGGUCCAUAAAGGCUGAUGACAAGCUGAUUGCCGAGGAAGGGGUGGACAGCCUGAAUGUCAAGGAACUGCAGGCAGCAUGUCGGGCGCGAGGCAUGCGGGCCCUUGGCGUCACAGAAGACCGUUUGCGGGGUCAGCUGAAGCAGUGGCUGGACCUGCACCUGCACCAUGAGAUCCCCACAUCACUGCUCAUCCUGUCUCGAGCCAUGUACCUCCCAGAUACACUCUCACCUGCCGACCAGCUCAAAUCCACACUGCAGACCCUCCCGGAGAUUGUGGCAAAGGAGGCCCAGGUGAAAGUGGCAGAGGUGGAGGGUGAGCAGGUGGACAACAAAGCAAAACUGGAGGCCACGCUGCAAGAGGAGGCCGCCAUCCAGCAGGAGCACCGGGAGAAGGAACUGCAGAGGGCUGCAGAGGCAGCAAAGGACAUUGAGCUGGAAGGAGUGGAAGCUGCUGCUGGGAGGCCAGUAGUUGAGCCAAAGCCAGAGGUGCCUGAUAUAAUCCUGCCUUCAGAGGCCCUGAAGGACACUGCCCCUGUGCUGGAGGGUGUGAAGGAAGAGGAAAUAACUCAGGAGGAAAUCGAUGUCCUCAGCGACGCCUGCUCCAAGCUGCAGGAACAGAAGUCAUCCCUGACCAAGGAAAAGGAGGAGCUGGAGCUGCUGAAGGAGGACGUCCAGGACUACAGCCAGGACUUGCAAGAGAUCAAGAAGGAGCUUUCCAAGACUGGUGAAGAAAAAUUAGUGGAAGAAUCUAAAGCCAGCAAGAGACUAACAAAGCGUGUGCAGCAGAUGAUUGGGCAGAUUGACGGCCUGAUUGCACAGCUGGAGACGGGUCAGCAAGCCGGCAGGCUGGAUCCAGCCCAGGGCUCAGCUGUGGGGGAGAACGUUGUCAGCGUCACUGAGCUCAUCAGCGCCAUGAAGCAAAUCAAGCACAUUCCAGAAAGCAAGCUGGUGAGCUUGGCCUCAGCACUGGAUGACAACAAGGACGGCAAGGUCAACAUUGAUGACCUCAUCAAGGUGAUCGAGCUGGUGGACAAAGAAGACGUCCACAUCUCCACUAGCCAGGUGGCUGAGAUCGUGGCUGUGCUGGAGAAGGAGGAGAAGGUGGAGGAGAAAGAGAAGGCCAAGGGCAAGGCUGAGAAGGAGGCUGCAGAGGUGAAGAACUGAGGGCGGCCCUGGCCCCCACAUGGCCCCUGUGGGCCUCCUCCUACUACUACGUUGCUGCAGUGGGGAUGAUGUGAGAGGGAUUGCUUUGAGGUGAUCUUAGUGGCAGAUCUAAUAUUUUGUCUGGAAUAAAUCAGAAACUUCUGUAAUCAAGUAACUUUUAAUUUUCAUCAUUCCACGAAGAUUCAGUCAGCCUGGAGACUGGGAGCCUCCAGGGAGUCUCCAGGGAGUCGUGUCUGGACUCACCUAUGUGGUGCUCAGUGGCCCUGAAGAGGCCACGUGCAUUUGCAGCAGGGGGUGCCUCCCUGCACGUGCCUGUGCUGUCUAGGGCCUGACCUGUGCUCUCUGUUCCCUGAGAGGAGAGUGAGGACCACAUGGACUUCCAAUGCCCAAGUGGAACUGGACAGUGAGCCUCAUGUUCUCAGAGGUGCUGGACAAGAAUCAGACACGCGCACAGCCCUUCUCAGCUCUGAAGAUCCUUCAGCGAGUCUGUGGACUUUGAUUCCCAAACAUCCAUGUAAAUAGGUCGUCUGUUCCUGCAUUUUCAAAGUCAUCUGUGUGACUCUUGAGACAAGCAUCUGUGACCUCGGUGGCCUCUGGAAAUAGCACCUCCUGACAGCAGUGCCCGUGUCUCAAGUGGAUCCUAUGGUGUUUGCUGAGCUCUUUCUUGGUUCACUUUUGGUUUUCCCCUGUCCUCAACUGGUUGACUAGUACAGGACCUCCACACUUGAAGUCUGAUGUGUGAGUAACAUCCAGAAGGAACUGUCGGGGAGACACCCUAGUGCAGCCCUUGAGAAGGAAGCAUUGGUUGGGUGCUGGCCAUGUGUUGGGGUCCGAGAGCUAGGCCACCACCGCAGCCAGCCAGAGCAGGUUCUCUGGGAGCACCUGUGGGGCCCUGUGGCUUCCACGUAAAAUCCAAACCCAGCCGCCUAGAGGACACACGGCUAGAGUGGACAUUACCUGCAGCUGGCCUCCUGGGCCAGGGUACCACAGACGGUCUCUGCACUUCGACCUCCUCUAGAACAAACAGGCCAGUGGCCACUCCUGGCCCCACCAGGGUCUAUGGAGAGGUCGCAUGAGAAGCAGUGGCAUCCCAAGGGGCUUUCAGUGUGCACCCCACGUGCUUAGGGCUGGUGUGCCUCCAGGGCCCUGGUGGCCAGUGGCGGCUUCAUACUUGGUGACCCCGUUGGGGGAAGCUCAGUGUGGGCAGACCAGAGCUGGGUGUCCUGUGACCCCUCCACCUUCCUGCUCCCGAAGGCCACACUUGUCCUCUAUGGGUUGCCAGCAAGAGUGUCCUCUUGGAGGGCUCCAGAUACAGGACCCACAGAGCCAAGUUAGCCAGGGAGGGGGGUCACAGCACUCAGGAGUGACACUUUCUCAGUUACUUACUUUUUUCCUUGGCCCUUAAAGAAGAAACUUGGCAGAAUAGGAAUCCGAUUGUACAUUCUCACAUGGACCCAGGUCGAGAAGCUGUUGGGCCCAAGGCCUUUCGCUUCAGGCCUGGAGAAGGGAGUGUGUCAGCUUGGAGGGAAUUUUGCCAGUCACCUGCCCGCACUCCAGCAGCCUCUGAGCUCAGACUGCACUUACUUUUGAGAACAAGCUCUGGUUGCCAAGUGUGCCCCCAGGAGGGACAUCUCUCCUGUGUGCAGCACUCUGGGCCCAUCUGCUCUGGAGUCCGCCCUCCCUGGUCACAGCAGCACCUCAGGAUGUGGGCUCACUUCCAGGUGCCACAGGGACAUGGAGGGGCACACGUGGAUGGAAGGUUCUGUUGGGUGGCCUUCUCCCUGAAGCCGUUCUGGAUUUGUUUUGUCGUACUGACUUACUUGUUGCGGCCAAGUCGGUGUCUGGUGUGGGAGUGAGCAGUGGUGGACCCAGAAGUGAGGGCCUCGUGGUGAGGCCCUCUGCUGUGGCUGUGUCUGGCUGUCCAUUUGUGCCUGCCCGUGCCUGAGCCUCACCUUCCUGGGUUUCCUGGAGCUGUGGUGUCCAUGCCUGCGAUGUGGACGGGGUCCCAGCGUAGGAGUCCAGUGCGCCUUCCUCACCCCACAUGCCCACUUUCCCAUGCAGGCACUGGGAACAGCAUGUGGCACCCAGACACCACUGGCAAUAUUAAACAUGAGGGGCGCCUCCUGGGAGCAAGUUCUCUGACAGCCUUUCAGGGUCCCACGGGCCCACAGCCUGAGCUCUGGGUAAACACCUUUUGUAGAAAUGGUAUUUUUAUUAAAACCUCGAGACUGCGUUUCUAUAACAGUUCAAAGUAAUAUUUAUGAACCAUUUGAUGGAGAUGGAAACUCAGAGGUCUUAAGUGUCUGCCUUCAUGACAGCACUGUGGGCCCCAUACUCAGAUUCCAGAGGAGCCUCACCUUCCCCACAGGUCACCUUCUGUGGGUUCAAGCCCUGGUUCCAGGCCUCUUCCUUGUGGCACCUCUGAGACCCAUGUCCCCUUGUCCUGUGAUGCUGAUAGGUUACAUGGUGAUGUUUCUAGACACCAUUCAAUAUGAAGAGAUGAUUUAAUAAAGUGCCACUUGAUGAUUGUC